AUGUCGUGGGAUCUACUCCAGCGCCUUAUCCAGAGUGAUGUCUUCAACCAGAACCCCUUUCUCUCUGUUUCCUAUCUAUCUCGAUAUGCAGACCAUGUCGGAAUCCACUAUGUUUUGUGCUCAAAGCUCCGCCAAUUUCCCUACGAGGAUAUCGAGUUCUUCUUACCUCAACUAUGCCACCUUAUAAUAAGUGUCGACAAUGACUCUAUGGCAUUGGAGGAGUUUCUGUUAGACCUAUGCGAAGAAUCCGUAACUGCUGCUCUACUGACGUUUUGGCUCUUCCAAACUUACCUUCACGAUCUCGCUUCGACGCCGCAGGCUCAGGCCUUUAAAACCUGCCGGAGAGUUUACAACAAAGUACAACAUAUUGUGUUUGGACACUCGGAUAGCGCAAGACAUGAGAAGAUUAAAGAGAACAUUUUACCUGUUACAGUACUUGCAAGUUUUGUCUUGGCCAGUAUCGGCCUCCCAACCCUUCCACAAUGGGCGGGCCCAUUAGCUGUUGCGCAGGCGAGGAGGUCGCAACCAUCUACCAAUGUCAUAUCGGAAACGAGCCUACAGGGUCAGUCAAACCAGCCAAGCCAGAUGUCCAAGGUUACCAGGAGUCAGACUGUCACCGGAAACACAACUAGAUCACGCCGACCUCGUGAUUUAGCCCGAGUAGGAAAUGCGUCCGAUUCUAAACAAGCCACAUCAUCACCGAGAAGACCACCUCAUAUUGUCACUCAUAUAUCUGCGAGUCCUGAAAGGAGCGAAGAUGCCGCGGCCGAAUCGCGAAAACCAACCUACGUCGACAGCAUGUUGUUGGACGCUCGCUUAAGUUCGUCUUCUCUUCCUCUUCCUGAAGUGAGGUCGCCAAGGAUGAUAACGCGACCGAUCACCCCACUCUCCGCUGGCCUUCCACGACCAACAGACACAAUCUCGCGCAGGCAUUCCCAUCAUAUAAAGACCCUUGCGAGUCUAGCAGAGAUGACCGAGAUUCAGAAAGCCAGGUUACUCAGACAGAACUAUUUCCAUUGCCAAACCGCAUUUCUGACAGCAUUGGAGGACAUAUCCAAUCGGCUAGUUAUAGUGCCAAAGCCGGCCCGCCUUAGUGCUUUGCGCGCCGAACUCGCACUAAUUGCUAGAGACUUACCAGCUGAGCUGGAUAUACCCAUCAUAUGCCCGCCUACUUUGGUAGAUGGCUCACCUGCAAAGAGUCGCCAUCACCGUAUCGUCAGGGUCAACCCUGCCGAAGCCACCGUUCUAAAUAGUGCCGAAAAGGUGCCAUAUUUACUCAUGAUUGAGAUCCUUCGCGAUGACUUUACUUUCGAUCCUAGCUCCGGGGAGAACCAGAGACUACUUAGCAACCUUGUGGCUGAGCAAGGUACUCGUAAGCGACUCUUCGAUUUAUCAGAUGCGCCGGGAACGCCUGCUACUGAACGGGUGUCUGAACCUGUGUUGGAGAAUAUAGAUAGCGUCUUCGAACCAACAUCGGGGGACUUGGGAACAUCACCGAUGCUAAAGCCCUUCGAUGAUAAUGGGUCCUUUGGUAAAAGAAACGGGAAACAACCCAGCCCUCGAAAGAGCGUGUCUAAUGGCAUAGCAAGCGCGUCUACGACUGACCUAACCCCAUCGCGCACGUCGGCAGCGUCAACGUCGAGGUCAAGCAGUCCUGGUCCAAUGAGGAGAGUAACAUUACCGAGCCAACGCAAUACGUCUACUGAGCAGCCCGAUUUCUCGGCUCUGGCAACACAUAUGAGGACAGCAUCACAAAUGUUAGCCCAGCUUGAUGCUACAAGUGGUAAACGCCCGCGGCAAGAAGUCGCAGCCAUUAGGUCGAAGAUUAUUGCAAGCAUGCAGAGCCUCGAAGAACAAAGUUUUGACCUUGAUGAUGGCCAAGGUCCUACGUUUGAUUUGAUCAUGGCAAAAGCAAGCGCUGCAGCCCAGGCUUCGGAAAGUAAUGACUUAGACGAAGAUAUUGACCCAACAAGCGACCCGAAUGCCGGUGCCGCUCGAAUGGAAAACGACGCAAUGACAGGAGGAGUGCAGAGAACAGGUGACCGUGACGAUCCUAGUGCCGCAGUAUUUGGGGAGGCGUGGCACAUGAAAAAGGAGCGGAUACGAAAAACGUCACCGUACGGAUGGAUGAAAAAUUGGGAUUUGGUCAGUGUUAUCGUCAAAACAGGAGACGAUCUUCGACAAGAAGCGUUUGCGUGUCAGCUCAUUCAGGUCUGCGAUAAGAUUUGGGUCGAAGCUGGCGUACCUGUCUGGGUGAAACUCAUGCGAAUCUUAGUCACUGGAGAGUCUUCGGGGCUUGUCGAAACAAUUACGAACGGCGUCUCUCUGCAUUCACUUAAGCGAAGUCUGACUUUAGCAUCGAUCGAGUCUGGCGUUAAUCCUCGACGUCGCCUUGCCACGCUAAAGGACCACUGGGUUAAAACGUUUGGCAAGCCCGGGAGCGAGCCCUAUAAAGCCGCUGUGGAUGCGUUUAAGCGUUCCCUUGCAGCAUACAGCAUUAUCUCAUAUAUUCUACAGUUGAAAGAUCGACACAAUGGCAAUGUGCUCAUUGACAAUGAAGGGCAUAUCAUCCACAUCGAUUUUGGAUUCAUGCUCUCGAACUCGCCCGGCUCUGUUGGAUUUGAAGCAGCUCCGUUCAAAUUGACUUGGGAAUAUGUGGAUGUGUUGGGUGGAGUUGAUUCUCCGGAUUUUGAAGAUUUUAAGACGUUAUGCAAGCAAGCUUUCCAAGCUCUACGUCGGUGUGCAGACAAUAUUGUCGAUUUGGUGAGAAUGAUGGGACUAGACUCGAAAAUGCCCUGUUAUGCAGCCGGGGUCACGCAAGCAACGGCAACGUUAAAGCAACGCUUCCAGCUACAUCUAAGCGCCGAUGAAGCCGAAAAUUUCGUGGAGACCGAUCUCAUUACGAAGUCCCUAGGUAGCUACUACACACGACUUUAUGACACUUUCCAAUACCGCACCCAGGGUAUAUAUUAG